ACCAAACUAGUUUUAAAACUACGACUCGUUGCAGUUCGAGGGCAAAGUUGGCUGCCCAACAGACAACCAGACGGACGACACGGCAGCCACACGCCCAGCCGAUUGUCCUUUGUCCAGGCCAAAGGAGAAGGGAAAAAAAAAAAAAAAAAGAAAGAAUCAAAAGAACAAAAAAGAAUCUUAGAAAAGAAGAAGAAUGAUCUUUUAAAAAAAAAAGAAGAAAAAAAAAAGGCGAUGCUUACAUAACUUGUUCUCUUUUUUUUUUUUUCUUUCAACUGCUUUUUCAUCAAAAAAACCGUCGUGAUAACCUCUCUUCCAUCUCUCUUCCGUCUCUCUUCGUGUCUUUUCUCUUUCUUUUCUCUGUCUUUUCUCUGUCUCUGUGUCUCUCUUGUCUCCUUUGAAUAUCUCUCCAUUGUUAACUUGUCGUUGAUAGAAGAAGAACAAGGGGACCUGCGUUUGGCCCAUUUAUUUGUUUGUUGGUCCUCCUCUUUUAUUUUUUUUAAGGUUGGUCUCCUAGCCGCCCACCCUUGCAAGACGACCGGACCAGCGCCUCGCUCCUCUCUCUGUCUCUCUCUCCCUCUCGCUCUCUCUCACGCUACUCUCUCUCGCCCUCGCUGCCAGAACCUCUCAGACCUUGGCUGCUGCUACUCACUCUUGCUUCCAUCCUCCCCUCCAGACCCUACCCGCUGCCCCCCCGUGGCUAUCAUACUUCUCUUCUUCCCCCCAAUGUUUCAACUCCCGCCCGCCACCCACCAAUAGUCUCGUCCAGCUCCAGAGUUUCAACCUCAAACUCUGCUCCCUCUCUGUCGCCCCGCACACCCUCUCUAUCCUGCUGCUCCUCUCCGUCCCACAGACAACCCCGUUCUGCUCGCCUCCAGGGCCACCAUGGAUGGGGAUGACAUCAGGCACGCCGCCGUCUCCAGCCCGGAGCAUCUCUCCUCCCUCCCCUUUGCCGCCAACGGGACCCCGGGCAAGAAGAGGAGAAAAGCUGACCUGAAACCCAUCAUCACAAACGACCCCCCCUCUGCCGCCGCCGCCGCCAACCCAUCCUCCGCCUCGAUCAACAUGACCUCGCAAUCUAGCAACCCUCUCUCGUCCGCACAGUAUCCCGUCUCCACCACCUACGCCUCCCCCCUCUCGCGCUCCCCGUCCUCUUCCUCCUCCGCAGAAGAACUCGCCGAAACCGCCGCUGAUGAGGAGGACUCCGAGGAUUACUGCAAGGGCGGCUACCACCCCGUCCAGGUCGGUGAGACCUACAACAACGGCCGCUACGUCGUCAUCCGAAAGCUCGGCUGGGGCCACUUCUCCACCGUCUGGCUGUCGCGAGAUACCACGACCGGCAAGCACGUCGCCUUGAAGGUCGUGCGCUCCGCCGCCCAUUACACUGAGACCGCCAUCGAUGAGAUCAAGCUCCUCAAGAGAAUUGUCGAUGCCAGGCCCGACCACCCCGGUCGCAAACACGUCGUCAGCCUGUUAGAUUCCUUCGAGCACAGAGGUCCGAACGGCGUCCACGUCUGCAUGGUCUUUGAGGUCCUCGGUGAGAAUCUGCUUGGUCUGAUCAAGCGCUGGAACCAUCGCGGCAUCCCAAUGCCUCUGGUCAAGCAGAUCACAAAGCAGGUCUUGCUGGGUCUGGACUAUCUGCACCGUGAAUGUGGCAUCAUCCACACUGAUCUGAAGCCUGAAAACGUCUUGAUCGAGAUCGGCGAUGUCGAGCAUAUCGUCAAAACUUAUGUCAAGGAAGAGGAGGCGCAGAAGGAGAAAGAUGAUCACCGCAACGGCCGCAGGAGGAGACGGACCCUCAUCACAGGCAGUCAGCCCCUUCCCAGUCCCCUCAACACCAGCUUCAGCGCCGCCGACCCGUUUAAAGCGCAUACCCCAACCCUCAGCUCCCAUAGCAGCCUAAAUCAAGUAUUACAGGAGCCUACAGCCACUCCCUCAGGCGUUUCUAUGAAAGAUCGACUUGGCAUCAAGGACGCGGAAAAGAUCGCUGAUGAGAAACAGAAGCAAAGAGAGAAGACAACUGACAUCCUGGAGCGUGAAGUCUCAGGAAUUACCCUAGAGACGGGCUCCACGCCGGAAGUAGAUGACCCACAAGUCGACUUGAUCUCCGUUAAGAUCGCGGAUUUGGGAAAUGCUUGCUGGGUCGGACACCAUUUCACGAAUGACAUUCAAACGCGGCAGUACCGGUCACCAGAAGUCAUUCUCGGUGCGAAAUGGGGUGCUAGCACGGACGUAUGGAGCAUGGCGGCAAUGGUCUUCGAACUUAUCACAGGAGAUUACCUCUUUGACCCUCAAUCGGGUACAAAGUACGGAAAAGACGAUGACCACAUCGCCCAGAUCAUCGAACUCCUCGGUUCAUUCCCCAAAUCCAUGUGUUUAUCCGGCAAGUGGAGUCAAGAGAUUUUCAAUCGAAAAGGUGAACUUCGCCACAUCCAUCGGCUCCGUCAUUGGGCUCUGCCCGACGUCCUUCGAGAAAAGUACCACUUCCCAGCUGAAGAGAGCAAAGCCAUCUCCGAUUUUCUCUUGCCAAUGCUAGAGUUGGUACCCGAUAGAAGGGCAAAUGCCGGCGGUAUGGCGAAUCACCCGUAUCUCAAGAGCACAAAGGGGAUGGACCACAUUCAAUUGAACGUUCCUGUUGGAAGUAGGGGUGAGGGUAUCGCCGGUUGGGCAUCAGAAGUUAAGAAGAGGUAG